CUGUUUUUCUUAAUAAAACUAAUAGCUAUAAUGUGAAGGUUUCAGUUUUGAAAUUAUUUUUAAAAAAAUGGAAUUAGUUUUGGAAUUUAAUAAAUUAUGCUUUAAUCAUUUACAAUGAGUAAGAUCGUUAUCGUCGUUAUUGUUUGAUGCAGCGAUCAUUUCUAUGACUUUGUGAUAAUUAUCAUCAGGACAGAAGAAGUCAGCUGUAUGGAUCUUGUUGUCCAUAGCUUGGUCAUGAUGGCUUCUUCGUCCACUUGUCAAUUCAAUUAUGAUGUUUUCGUGAGCUUUAGAGGUGAGGACACGCGAAAUAAUUUCGUGAGCCAUCUCUAUGCUGCUUUACACCAAAAACAAAUCAGAACUUUCGUCGAUGAUAGACUUGCUAGAGGAGAAGACUUAUCGCCAGCCCUGUCGAAAGUCAUUGAAGGAUCAUUGAUUUCAAUAAUCAUUUUCUCCGAGAAUUAUGCAUUUUCUCCGUGGUGCUUGGAUGAACUAGUAAAGAUCCUGGAUUGCAAGAUGAACUUAGAACAAGCUGUUCUACCUGUUUUCUACCGUGUCAAUCCAUCAGAUGUAGCCGAGCAGAAAGGUAGCUUUGGGGCUGCAUUUGUUGAGCAUGCAAAAUUUCUCGAGGACAAGCUGCAAAACUGGAAAGCCGCUUUGACUGAAGCUGCAAACAUAUCUGGGUGGAGUUCGUAUGCCAUUAGGUCCGAGUCGAAACUUAUUCAGGAAAUCGUUGAAGAUGUUUUGAAGAAAUUGAAUAAUAUGUCUCUGUCAUCUGAUUCAAAGGGUUUGGUUGGGAUCGACCCUCACAUUGAUAAAAUUGAAUCACUAUUAUGUGCUGGAUUAACUGAUGUUCGUUUUCUAGGAAUUUGGGGUAUGGGGGGUGCAGGCAAAACAACCAUUGCUGAAGUAGUGUUCACUCGAUUAUCUUCAAAGUUUGACGGUUGCUGCUUUCUUACAAAUGUUAAUGAAGAAUCAGAAAGGUAUGGACUACUUCGAUUGCAGGAGCAGCUCUUUUCUAAACUCAUGGAGCAAGAAAAUGUAAAUAUCUGUUCAAACCACACUCGAGCCACAUUUGAUAAGUUUAGGCUCAGACGUAGAAAGGUUCUCAUUGUUCUUGAUGAUGUAAAUAACUUAAGACAACUAGUACCUCUGGCUGGAGAGCAUAAUUGGUAUGGACCUGGAAGUAGAAUCAUUAUAACUUCUAGAGAUAGGGAUGUCCUUAAGGAUAAAGUUGAUGUAACCUACAAAAUGGAGGAACUAGAUCACCAUGAAGCCCUUCAACUCUUUAGUCUGUAUGCAUUUAAGCAGGACUUCCCCGAAAAAGACUUUAUGAAGCUUUCGAAACAAUUUGUAAAUUAUGCUAAAGGAAAUCCAUUAGGUCUAAGAGUACUAGGUUCAUUUCUUCAUCAAAGGAACAUCAUGGAAUGGGAAAGUGCACUUCGUAAACUAGAAAAAAACGUCAGCCAAGAGAUUCAAAAUGUAUUAAAAGUAAGCUAUGAUGGAUUGGAUGAUGAAGAGAAGGGCGUCUUUCUAGAUAUUGCAUGUUUCUUUAAUGGGGACAAUAGAGAUGCUGUAGCAAGAAUUCUGAAUGGAAGCUUCUCUGCAGAUAUUGCAUUAAGUGUCCUUGUCAGUAGGUCUCUUCUAACAAUAUCGAACAACAAGUUACAUGUUCAUAACUUAUUGCAGCAAAUGGGUUGGGAAAUUGUUCGCCAGGAAUCUGUUAAAGAGCCAGGCAGACGUACCAGGUUGUGGACUUCUGAAGAUGUUCAUCAUGUAUUGACAAAAAAUACGGGAACUGAAGCAAUUGAAGGCAUAUACCUUGACAUGUCCAAAAGCAGAAAGAUAUUUCCAAGUUCAAAAGCCUUGGAAAGGAUGCAUAAUUUGAGAUUGCUCAAAUUUUAUCAUUCUUUUUCUCCCAUAGCAAUGUGUAGCAAAGUGUACCUUACAGAAGGUCUUGCAUCUCUUCCCGACAAGUUAACUUGUCUCCACUGGAACGGCUACCCUUUAAAGUCUUUGCCAUUCAAUUUUAAUGCUGAAUAUCUUGUUGAACUUAGCCUGCCCUACAGUCGUGUUGAAUUUCUUUGGGAGGCCAGCCAGUGUCUACAAAAGUUGAGCUCAAUUGACCUUAGUCACUCUUGUCAACUUAUCAGACUACCAGAGUUCUCAAAGGCCUUAAACCUUGAAUGUAUUAAUCUUGAAGGAUGUGUGAGUUUAGUUGAGCUGCCAUCGUCUAUCGAACGUCUCACAAAGCUUAAUGUCCUAAACCUAAAAGGUUGCAAAGAACUUAAGAGAAUUCCAAGCUGUCUUAGCUUGCAAGCUCUUAGGAAACUGAAUCUCUCUGCGUGUUCGGGUCUAAAUCACUGUCCUCAAAUUCCUAGCAAUGUCGAAGACUUAAAUCUGGACGGAACUGGCAUAGAAGAAUUGCCUGCCUCAAUUGAGGAUCUCCAUGUACUUACUUUUUGGAGUAUGGAUACCUGCAAAAGGCUUAAAAACCUUCCAAGAGAUAUCUAUAAGUUGGUCUCUCUUAAGUAUCUUUCUCUUGCUGGCUGCUUAAUGCUUGAUAAUAUACCCAUCGGGAUCAAACAGCUUUCUCAGCUACAAAAGCUCAACAUAAGUGGUUGUGAGGCGCUUAAACGUUUGCCAGAACUGCCAUUGAAUCUCAGAUUUUUAAAUGCCAACAGUUGCAUCUCACUGGAAACAGUUUCAUUACCAUCUACAGUGUCUCCGGAAGCACUCAGAUAUCAUAAUAGUCAGAUAUUUUGUUUUACGAAUUGUCAGAAAUUGGAUCAGAAUUCAUACAGCCUUCUUGCAGCUGAUGCACAGAAGACUAUACAGUACACUGCAACAGCAGCAGUGAAAAACAAUUACCAGGAAAUUCAUUCCUUGCCAUCAGUUAAUUUUUGUUUCCCCGGAACAAAGAUUCCGAACUGGCUUGGCUAUAGGGACGAUGGAUCUUCAAUAACCGUCAAGUUGCAUCCUGACUGGCAUAAAUGUCCUGCCGAGUUUCUGGGUUUUGCAGUAGGCUGUGUCGUUGAAUUCACACACUAUGUAGAUAUCAAUAACAUUUAUGUCAUAUGUGAAUGCAAUUUUAGGACCAGUCAGGAUGAUCAUCUUGUUGUUAAUUGCUUUCUGAAAGGUCUAAACAAUGGCAAUGAUGAUUUGAACUUUGUAAGAUCACAUCAUGUGUACAUCGGGUAUGAUUUUGGUUCAUAUCUUAGGGCAGUUAAAGGAACAUAUCCUGAGAGCUUGUAUCACUACAAGGAGGUGACGUUCAAAUUCUAUGCAAAAAAGGCGUUAGGGCACACUGUUGCCUGGCGGAAAGUGGAUAAAUGUGGCGUGCAUCUAUUAUAUGCUCAGGAUAAUAUGUGCUGAUGAAUAAGUUUGUUCAGAAACUAAUCGCUAGUAGCAGACAGAGGUUAGUACUGCAUAAGCUCUUUCAAAUGAAAAGUUUUAAGUGAUGAGUUCAUAAUAUUUUCUGGA